GGGCUGCGGGGUCCGAGCGAACGACAGCGGCGUCCCCGGAGACCCCGCCGGCGAGCCGGUGUCCGCAGCGUCGCUUUCUCCAACGCUGAAGUCGGGAGGGAGCUUGGGGAGGAGGCGCUCUGGGAAACCCCCGGCCGGACGGGGCCUGCGGUCCCAUGUUUACUGGAAGACCUUUUCCAGUGACCUGGGAUUGUCACUGUGUUUGGGGGUGGCCUUGACCCUUCACCUGCUUCCAAAAAGCGUCGGAGGCCGCUGACGUCCAACACGGGUGGAAAUCAGACCCCACCCCCACGCACUUGCAGGAGACAGCAGGGAGCCUCCGGCCCCGGGAACUCUCUCUAGGGCUGAAAUCUCUUUAAUGAUGGAGGGAAGCAGGCAGACGCGAGUGUCUCGGCCAUACAAGAUCAGCGAAUCAUCAAAGGUAUACCGCUGGGCCGACCACUCAGGCACGGUGCUGCAGCGGCUGAACGAGCAGCGUCUCCGCGGGCUCUUCUGCGACGUCGUCCUGGUGGCCGAUGAGCAGCGUGUGCCAGCCCAUCGCAACCUGCUGGCCGUGUGCAGCGACUACUUCAACUCCAUGUUCACCAUCGGCAUGCGGGAAGCUUUCCAGAAGGAGGUGGAGCUGAUCGGCGCCUCCUACAUUGGGCUCAAGGCCGUGGUGGACUUCCUAUACGGCGGGGAGCUGGUGCUGGAUGGCGGCAACAUUGACUACGUCCUGGAGACGGCUCACCUGCUGCAGAUCUGGACGGUGGUAGACUUCUGCUGUGAGUACCUGGAGCAGGAGGUGAGCGAGGACAACUACCUGUACCUGCAGGAGCUGGCCUCCAUCUACAGCCUCAAGCGGCUUGAUGCCUUCAUCGAUGGCUUCAUCCUGAACCACUUCGGCACGCUGUCCUUUACGCCCGACUUCCUGCAGAACGUCUCCAUGCAGAAGCUGUGUGUCUACCUGAGCAGCAGCGAGGUGCAGCGGGAGUGUGAGCACGACCUCCUGCAGGCCGCCCUGCAGUGGCUGACGCAGCAGCCCGAGCGCGAGGCCCACGCCCGCCAGGUGCUGGAGAACAUCCACUUCCCGCUCAUCCCCAAGAACGACCUGCUGCACCGCGUGAAGCCGGCCGUGUGCUCGCUGCUGCCCAAGGAGGCCAACUGCGAGGGCUUCAUCGAGGAGGCCGUGCGCUACCACAACAACCUGGCGGCCCAGCCCGUCAUGCAGACCAAGCGCACGGCGCUGCGCACCAACCAGGAGCGCCUGCUGUUUGUGGGCGGCGAGGUCUCCGAGCGGUGUCUGGAGCUCAGUGACGACACCUGCUACCUGGACGCCAAGAGCGAGCAGUGGGUCAAAGAGACGCCGCUGCCCGCCCGGCGGAGCCACCACUGUGUCGCGGUGCUGGGGGGCUUCAUCUUCAUCGCCGGCGGCAGCUUCUCACGGGACAACGGAGGGGAUGCGGCCUCCAAUCUUCUUUAUAGGUAUGACCCCCGCUGUAAACAGUGGAUCAAGGUGGCCUCCAUGAACCAGCGCCGUGUGGAUUUCUACCUUGCCUCCAUCGAAGACAUGCUGGUGGCCGUCGGCGGCCGGAAUGAGAACGGAGCGCUCUCUUCGGUAGAGACGUACAGUCCCAAGACUGACUCCUGGUCCUAUGUGGCCGGCUUGCCAAGGUUCACGUAUGGCCACGCGGGCACCAUCUACAAAGACUUCGUGUACAUCUCGGGGGGCCACGACUACCAAAUCGGCCCCUACCGCAAGAACCUGCUAUGCUACGACCACCGGACAGACGUGUGGGAGGAGCGGCGGCCCAUGACCACGGCGCGCGGCUGGCACAGUAUGUGCAGCCUGGGUGACAGCAUCUACUCCAUCGGGGGCAGCGAUGACAACAUCGAGUCCAUGGAGCGCUUCGACGUGCUGGGCGUGGAGGCCUACAGCCCGCAGUGCAACCAGUGGACCCGCGUGGCGCCGCUGCUGCACGCCAACAGCGAGUCGGGCGUGGCAGUGUGGGAGGGCCGCAUCUACAUCCUGGGCGGCUACAGCUGGGAGAACACUGCCUUCUCCAAGACCGUGCAGGUGUACGACCGCGAGGCCGACAAGUGGAGCAGGGGCGUCGACCUGCCCAAGGCCAUCGCUGGCGGGUCCGCCUGUGUCUGCGCCCUGGAGCCACGGCCAGAGGACAAGAAGAAGAAAGGCAAAGGCAAGAGGCACCAGGACCGGGGCCAGUGACCCUAGCUGCGCCUCCUGGGACCAUCCUCACCGUCACCUUCCAGGGCUCUGUAGACCAGCAGCAACUUCUUAGUAUUCCAGAAACAUUAUGUACAACUUAGCAGCUUUUUUUACUUUUAUGAUUCUUGGUAUUUCUAUGAUAUCACAGUAACCAAUUAAAUACUAUCCGUAACUUUACAUAUCUUGCUUGAAUAACUAACCCUGGGCCCAGGCAGUGAGCAACCCCUUGUAUCUUCACAGGUCUUUACCUCGUGUUAUGAUUCCUCAUGGGUCCUUGCUGACCGUCCCCCUGAGAGUAGCUGGCACGUGGGUUACACAGAAAUUUGUGUAGUGAAGCUUGGGCCUCAAAGGGAUCUCUUAGGUCACCUAGUCCAAGCCUCCCCAAACCUGGCUGAACUUUUAAGAAUACAGAUGCCUGAGCCCCGCUCAGAAUUAUGGAAUCCAAAACCACCAGGAACGGGGAGGAGGUGGUGCCCAGAAACUGUAUUUUAACUGGUUCUUGAAAUUCUGGGUAUUAGUCACAUCUGGGAAUCACUGGCAAGGUCCAGUGUGUUUGUUUUAUAAAUGAGUACACAGAGACCACCCAUGAGGGUGAGUGAGUGAGUGUGUGACCAGGGGCCACGCAGCUCGCUGGACUGUCAGAUGAGACGUGAUGACUUCCCGCUGGGGAGCUGUUCUCCGUAUCAGGUGAACGCUGUUUCUGAAUAAUUCCAUCUUUCCUCACUGGAAACCUUCUUGAAUUCUAAAACGUUGUAGGUAACCAAAAACGAAAAAAGAUAUGAAGCUCUUUGUAAAUAUUUUUUUGUAAUUUGUGCAUUUUUUUCCUUUUUUUUUUCUGAACCCACUGUCUUUUAUAUUACUGAUGUACUGAGCUCCCAAAUCUGUUUAUUUCUCAGGAAAGAAAAAGUGAGCGCUAUGGAAUUUGCCGUCGUUCUCUGUGACUCUAUCUUGAGGCGCUGUUGAAAGUUCCUGCACAGAGGAGCACAUGUGGAUCCCUGAGAAGGCAGUGGAGGGCUCCCUAACUCCCACGCCAGGUCCUGCCCCAGUUUUCUGCUUCUAAGUAGUUUCGUGCUGCUGGGCAAAUUCUUGAACAAGUCCAUGUGUUCCCUCAUCCACCCCCUUAGCCACAGGAUUAGAUGGAAUACCCUCCAGGCUCCUCCCGGGUGAUAGGGCCAUUCGGCCUCUGAGCUGUUCGUACCCGGAUGGCAUCCCCUUCAGGAUGUGGAGCUGGCCUGCACUGACUCCUGCAAACAGUUCCUAGAGCAGGUAUCAGGGUCGCUUGCCCUUUAAGAGGGCUCUUAGCUGCCCGAGUGGAUGAGAAAUGUGCAGAACUGUGGGAGGAUAGGAGUGUGAUGGGUUUUAAGCAUGAGCCAAGGAGGGCAUGAGUGAGCUGUACCUCACCCAGCAUCUGAUGGCACAGAUCAGUAAACUUCAAGAUGUGCUUCAUCUUCAAUCCUAGUCUAACACCAGUCUUCCUGCAGACAGUUCCGAGAGCGGGUCCCGAUGUCGCUUGCCCUUUAAGAGGGCUCUCAGCUGCUCGAGUGGAUGAGGAUCGAUGUGUUAAGAUUGAUAUUAGACUAGGAAAAAAAUCUUAGUUCACUUUAAUUUCCAUUUCUUCUGCUUCUUUGCUGCCCCUCCUUUCCCUUCCCUUCAGGGUUUACUGUGGUUCUCACUGGUCUGUUUAUGUAGCCAUCCAGAAGAGAUGAGAGCAUUUUGGGGACUGAAAGCUUCAAUAGCCAACUUACUGCCCUCUGUGGUUAGUGAGGAGGGCAGUCUGCAUAUUCAGCUAGCUAGUUAUUUGCAUGUGAAGUCCCUGGAGGCUUACAAACUGUUGAGAGGUUCUGCAAGGCAUACAAACAAACAGACCAAAAGGCUGGAAGCUCUGCUUGGAGCUCUGCAGCGUGCCGGUGUAUGAAAGGUUCUGAGAAGUCUCAACCCAGCAUUUCCAAACUUCUUUGAGCCUAAAACUCGUUUGUCUCAUACCUAGUCCCAGACCCCCACAAAACAUGUUUUGCAGAACUUCUGCCAACUUUGGGAUAGCUUACGCCCUUCCUAUUCGGGAAAGGUUUUAUUGCUUGUAGACCCCUCAGAAGGCAGGGUAGGGUGUACGUGGGCUGUUCUCCCCAUCUCAGCCUGGGUCAUGAACAAACAGGCAGUUGUUUGGCCUGAAUCUCGGGGCAAGUUGGGGAGAGCACAUAGAAAGACUCUGUGAGUGAUUUGGGGAGUGGGAUAGCUUUGACCUUGGAGAGAGGAGAGCCACUGGUUUUCAGCCUAAGCCAGCUCUUUUAUGUUUUGCUUCUGGGACUUGUCCCUGGAAAUGUGUGAGCUUCUGGCCUCUAUUCUGAUUUUCUUGUGCCUCAUGAGUUACAUACGACGUCCUGCGCGUCAUAUUUUGUGGUGUCUCUCCUGAUACUAUGAAGGUGGUUUGUAAUUUACAUGGCUUUGACCCUAAUAUUACUGAGGUUGGGAGCACCCUUUUAAAGGGAGGAUAAACAAGUUUCAUCUUGUGGGUCAACUUCUAAUAUUUGAUGGUGGCUACACUGUGACAAGAAAGGUUUUUGAGCUUGUUGGGGUCAGUGGAGGGGCACAAGGGCACCCAGUGGUGGUACCCGGGCCAGGUUUUUGUUACUUGUCUUUUUAAGUUGAAAAUUCACCCUACUGUGCAUGAAAAUGGAACUGAAAAUGGAAGAGACCAUGCCUGGGCAACAUGGCAAAACCCCAUCUCUACAAAAAAAUUACAAAAGAUUAGCCAGGGAUGGUGGGGCAUGCAGUAGUCCCAGCUACUUGGGAGGCUGAGGUGGGAGAAUCACCUGAGCCUGGGAGGUUGAGGCUGCAGUGAGCUGUGACCACACCACUGCAGUCUAACCUGGGUGACGGAGUGAGACCCUGUCUCAAAAGAAUAAAAUGUUUUUUAACUCAGAUGGGCAGAGUUUGGGCUGUGCCUAUGCAGUGGCCAUGUGAACCGCACAGUCAUGAUAGUGGGGUUUUAAACUAGAGUGAUGAAGGCACAGGUGCUUGCAGGCUGCCAUUUUGAGAGGGAAACAGCCACACAUGUCAUCAUGUUAAACUGUCAGUGUUUCAAGCUGUUCUGCUUGAAUUUUGAAGACACCUGGAUCUUUUUUUUUUUUAAUAUUUCAAAAUAAGCAUGGCAGGCUUCUAUUGAGGUUUGGACUUCUCUCAUUUCUAAAGAAUUAGAGUUGUAACUUCAUAUUAGUUGUAAGUUUGGGGUUUGGUCCUCACCCAAGUUGGAAAGCUGUUUGCUUAAGACAUAGAUGUAUUAUAAUAAUAGAAGGGAGGGAGUAGAAAGCUGAUGAACCCUUGUUACUUAUAGCAAACUUCCUGCUGUUUUAAAUGCACAGAGAUUAUUUUAUCAACUGUGGUUAGCACGCAGUUGGUAUUUUUAUCGUUCUGCCAUUUUAUUGAGGCUAUCAAGUGGGACUUCAGACCUGGCUCUGAGCAGGACCACACGUGUGUAUUUAUAUUGAGUGCCCUCACUCAUGAUAAGGUGACUUCAUGGAGACCCAGAAACUCACCCUAAGGGGUGUUCACCUUUGAGGUGGGCAUCCAGAUGCUGAGGGGAAGUGGGGUCCAUCCUCUGAGGUCCAGGGUCCUACUUUUUGAGCUCAGUUGUGUUCACCUGUGGUUCAGUGUACCUCGGCCCCUAAGCCAAGUGAUCGUUCAGUGACUUGCAGCAAUGUGGGAAGUGAAGGGACCCCUGCCACACCCCCCACCACCCUCUGUAGAGUCACUGACCUUCAUCCUUCACCCUGGUCCUCCAUGGUGCAGCAGCAUCUCAUGGGCCUUAUGGCUGUCAGAGCCCGUGGUUGGAACCCCGUCCACUGGUCCCAAACCUGGAGGGGCAGCUGCAGAUGAGGUUUAGACCUCCUGGUGUCUCCGUGGAUUCUGAGUGCCCAGGAGGGGAGGGGAGGGGGUGGCAUCCUGGCCUCCAGGAUAAAUGCCUGGAGUAUAGGCAGCGCCACGGGCACUUGGAGACCCUGUCCUGCGCAUCUGCCAAGCCUGGCAGUUUUUAGAGUUUUUUGAAAUGUUUUGAUACUUUUUGAUACAAUUUGCUAAUAACUGUUUUGUAGAAUGCCUGCCGGGGUUUUCCACCUCAUCCCUUUCCUCCGGCCCCUUGAUUUGUGCUGGACAACAAAUGGCAGCACCAGGACCUCGCCUCAUGUGGCUUUGUCUUGGAUCUUGCCCUUCUCCAUCGCUGGUGCGAUACAGCUCUAGAAUUUCGUGAAGUUGCAUGCAAAGUUGCAUGCAGCCCGUGGGUAUGACUGUCUCAGGCCCCCAGCUGAUUUGCCAAGAGGAAACCUUAACCCCCUUGAGAGGGUCUGCGUUUCUUCUGGAGCUCCUACCUCAGUGGUGUGCACAGAGUUGGAGACACCUGAGGGCUGGUCCACGUCUCACCUUUGCCAUACGGGUCAUUUCUUGAUCAAAUAUAUGACUGGGGUCCUGGUUUACUCCCGUCCACCCUUUCUUUUAAAGUAUUCUUAACAUGAAAUCCACAAAAGCGGAAACAAUGAACCAUUCUUGCACUUUACAGAAUCAUUGUCCUUAGCUUUAGAGGCUGUUAAUUUCUUGUUUUUAACAUGAACAGAAUGUGUGGUUCUGAAGGUGUGUGGGGGUCUCAAGAAAUUGUCCUUCGGGGCCGGGCGCGGUGGCUCACGCCCGUACUCCCAGCACUUUGGGAGGCCAAGGGGGACGGAUCACCUGAGGUCAAGAGUUUGAGACCACCCUGACCAACAUGGUGAAACCCCGUCUCUACUAAAAUACAAAAAUUAGGCAGUCGUGGUCGCCUGUAAUCUCAGCUCUUUGGGAGGCUGAGGCAGGAGAAUCGCUUGAACCCAGGAGGCAGAGGUUGCAGUGAGCCGAGAUUGCGCCACUGCACUCCAGCCUGGGUGACAGAGUAAGACUCUGUCUCAAAAAAAAAAAAGAAAAAGAAAAAAAAGAAAAGAAAUUGUCCUUUGGUUGCCUUAGUUACCAGAGUUGAAUGAAUGUACACAUUUCGGUAGUGGGGGGGCAGAGCGGAUAACCCCUUCCUUGUCUGUUUCCUUUGAGAAAGGACACUCCACCUUUUCAAAGGUACUUAAAGCCAUCUUUACAGAUUGCUUGUAAUGUAAGGAAAGAGUCAUAUCCUUUGGGUUGAUUGAGGUUAAAUCAUCAACCAUUAGCCCCCUUUCAAAAUCAGCGAGAUAUUUGAUGAUUAAGUGAUUCAUUGGGUAUGUUCUGGCUACUGACGUUACUGAAAUCUGCAAUCGUGUAUGUUUUUUAAUUUGUUGCUUUUGUAUUUGUAAUUUUAUGACAUUUCGAAGUUUCUGUGUCUUAACUCUUUUUAAUUAAUUUUCUGCACGUUGCUUUUUUCUCUUUGUUUUUAAUUCCAUACAGAGUAUUCAAUUCUUGAAACACAUUAAAAUAAUUUGCUUGCUA